GUGUGCCAAAUUUAUUGAGAAAAAACAAUGGAUUCUAUGUGCGGGUGAUGACAUGACCCUUAGGGUUUACAACUACAACACAUUUGAGAAAAUAAAAUCCUUCGAGGACCACACGGAUUAUAUAAGAUAUAUCGAAGUGCACCAGACUCUGCCAUAUGUGUUGACUAGCUCAGAUGACAUGACCAUAAAAUUAUACGAUUAUGAAAAUAAUUUCGAAAAAUUAUGCUCCUUUGAAAAUCAUAUUCACUACGUAAUGAUGUGUAAAUUUAAUCCGAAGGAUACAUACAUUUUUGCAUCAGCCUCUUUAGAUAAAACGAUAAAAAUAUGGGGAGUGCAAAAUAACACCCCAGUGGUUACGAAGCCCCAUUUUACCUUAACAGGUCAUACAAAAGGGGUGAAUUGCAUUGACUACUCGUGUAGUGGAGAAACAUCCUACAUAAUAAGUGGAAGUGAUGACAAAACGAUACGCAUAUGGGACUACCACACGAAACAGUGUAUACAGGUAUUGAGUGGACAUACGCAAAAUGUGUCCUGCUUAAUUUAUCAUAGUAAUUUACCCAUCAUAGUAUCCUCAUCGGAGGACUGUAAUGUGAAGAUAUGGAACAGCUCUACGUUUAAGUUGGAGAGUACAUUAAAUUAUAAUAUGGAUCGAUGUUGGUCUUUGUGUGCAAAAAAAACGAAAAAUGAUUUGUGCAUAGGAUAUGAUGAAGGGUUAGUAGUUAUUCAAAUAGGAUCGGACAAACCCAUUUUUGCCAUGUUUAAAAAUAAAAUAAUUUACAUAAAAAAUACAGAUAUUUAUAUUAUCAAUCUGCAGAAUGUAAGCGAAAAUGACGAUUAUAAUGACGGGGAUGUAUACAAAGUAAACAAGAAGGAGUUGGGGAAUUGCGACUUCUACCCAACCAAUGUUUCAUUUCAUCCUAGUGGUAGAUUCAUAUGUGUAAGUGGGCACCACGAAUUUAAUAUAUACACAUCUCAAGUUUUGAGGAAUAAGGCCUAUGGGAAAAGUGCCUUCUUUGUGUGGGCAAAUAAUGGCGAUUAUGCGAUAAAGGAAGAAGGAAAUAAAAUUAGCAUAUACAAAGAUUUUACUUCGUACCAUUCCUUUCAAGCCCCCUUCACAGUGUUGCAGCUAUUUGGAGGAUACCUCCUAGGUGUUAAGUCGAAUAAUUUUAUUUGCUUUUAUGACUGGAAUGACUAUAGCAUGGUCCGAAAAAUUGACAUUAAUGUGAAGAAUGUAUAUUGGAAUGAGGCCGGGACGUAUGUAGCUCUCACCACGGAGGACACCAUAUACAUUUUAAGUUACCUAAAUGGAGAGGGAAGUAGGGGCGCCUUGAAGGAGGAUAAUAUGGCAUCCGCGGCAGCAUCAGCAGGUGAUCACGAGGCGAAUAACAAGCAUGGUACACAAGACGAAGAAAAUAACUUUGAACUGGAGAGUGAAAUUAACGAAUCGAUUGAAAGCGGAAUUUGGAUAUAUGACAGCUUUUUGUAUGUUUCCAAAAAUUUAAGAUUAUACAUUUAUACGAAAAAAUUUAUCGAUAUUUACGCGUACAUAGAUAAGUACCUCUACAUCUGUGGCUACGUGCAUGAGUACGAUCGAAUUUUUCUGCUUGACAAGAAUUACACCUUCCAUAGUUUUUUCCUUCCAAUCACUUAUCUACAAUAUCAGAAGUAUGUAAUGAACAAGGAUUUAUCGUCGGCCGACUUGAUAUUAAAAAAAAUUCCUGAGUCUCUGUACAACAAAUUGAGCCUCUUUUUAGAAAAGAUGGGUCACAAAAAUGAAGCAUUAAAUAUAUGUACCGAUUUGGAAAAGAAAUUUGAGUUGUCCCUGUCUAUCGGAAAUCUGCAACUGUGUGUAGACAUAAUCAAAGACUUGGAACAAAAGGAAAAUAAUGCAUUUAUUCAUAAUAAGUAUAAAGCCCUGGGGGACACUGCACUGGUGUAUAAUGACAUACCGAUGGCUAUUUAUUGUUACAAAAAAACUAAUGACUUCUCCUCUUUGCUAAUAAUUUUGUCCACAUUGGGUGAUAAACUCGGGUUGGAGGAGUUAGGAACCAUGUGUAUAAAUAACCAGACGUUUAACAUAGCCUUUAUAUGCUUCUUCCUCUUGCAUAAAGUGAACAAAUGUGUGGAUAUCCUUCUAAAUGAUAAUAGUUUUGCCUACGCUGCGUUCUUUGCGAGAGUUUAUAAGCCAUCCCUGCUACCCACAAUUCUGCUAAAGUGGAAGGAACACCUAAAUAAGGUGUAUACAAACGCCCCCGUUUUGAUUCUAACGCCGGAUGAAAAUCCGGAAUAUUUUCCAGAGUAUGAAAAAGCCGUAAAAUGUGAAUCCAUUUUUGACAAUGUAAAAACAGUGGGAAGAACCCAAAAUUAUAAUUCUUUAAAAAAGUUAAUCGAUUUGAACAUCCUAGAAGAAAUUAAAGAAAUCGGACACGAAAAAGUGGAGGAUAUUUUCCUAAAGCAAUUUAAUGAAGAAAUGGAAAAGGACGUCAAAAAUUUCGAUAUGAUUAACUCGUUUAGCAGCACCAAAAAAAAAGAAGAACCCAGUCAGGCGAAGCAAAAUAAUACCAAGGGGGAAAACAAGGCGGGGAAGAAAUCCAACAAAAAGAAAAAAGAAGGAGCAACUACCCCCAACAAGGCAAAUGAAUCUGCAAAAAAUCAGAGCCAUGUAAAUGAAUCAGGUUAUAACGACUUUUCCAAGUUGGAAGACACAGAUUUUUUAAAUAACAGCGAUAUUAUCGAUUUGGAUAACCAGGAUGAAGUACCAGCUGUGAAUUCGAAUACGGGUGACAACAAGGGGGCCAAUCAAAUUGCGGAACCUGCCCAAUCGGGAAGCGGAACCACGGAUGAAAAGGGGCAGUAA